AUGGUAUCAGAGCCUGAAUCGCUUUCAAUGGCAUCCAAUCCUCAACAAAGUUCAUCUUCAACCUCACAGCGUGAGCUUUCACCAAUGGAGGAUCCGCAUAGCCCAUUCUUUCUGCAUCACGGUGAAUCACCUGGUGCGAUCUUGGUUUCGCAGCCAUUAACAGAGGAUAACUAUCCUAACUGGGCUCGUGCUAUGAAGAUGGCUUUGGAUGCCAAAAGCAAACUAGGUUUUGUCGAUGGAUCAAUCACUGCUUCAAUGGCAGUCACUCCACUGGAGAAGAAGGCGUGGUCUAAGUGCAAUUCGAUGAUUUCCUCUUGGAUUCUGAAUUGUGUCUCGCCUCAUAUCACUGCUAGUGUGAUCUAUAGGAACACUGCUCUUGAAGUUUGGAAUGUACUCAAGAAUCGUUUCUCUCAAGCUAAUGGACCACGAAUUUCACAGCUGCAGAAGCAAAUUUCUAAUGUGAUGCAAGGAGAUUCAACAGUCACCUCCUACUUCACAGUGCUUCAAGCUUCGUGGGACGAAUUGUUAAAUUUCAGACCUUUGCCUUGCUGUUCUUGUGGCAAGUGCACUUGUGGUGUGAAUGAUAAGAUCAAUUCACUUCAGCAUCAAGAUUCACUGAUGCAAUUUCUCAAUGGAUUGAAUGAUGCUUAUUCUCAAGUACGGACUCAGAUUCUUAUGAUGGAACCUGCUCCUUCUAUAGACAAGGCUUUUUCUUUGGUGAUUCAAGAAGAAAGGCAAAGAUCUUCAGCUUUCAGUCUAGGUUCAUCAGUUGAAACAACUGCUCUUGCUGUUAAAAAUCAAAGCUUCAUUCAUGGCUCUGGUUUUGCAAAUAAUUCUGGCAAGAAUUUCAAAGGCAAUACUGGAAAAGGAAGGCCUAUGUGCAGUUAUUGUGGCAAGCUUGGUCACAUCAAGGAGAAGUGUUAUAAAUUGGUUGGUUUUCCACCGAGUUAUAAGCAGAAGGGAAAAGCUCCAAUGGCAAAUCAGAUCAGUCUUGAGGGUGAUCAAUCUCAGAUUGGAGAAACACAGCUAGGCAGUGGUAAUUUUCCAUUCACUGCGGAUCAAUGCCAGCAAUUGAUUUCUCUACUCAACACAUGCCUUCUCAUCUGA